AUGGAGAAGCAGUUUGUGGACCUUCUAACAGAGGAGUUGAAAUUGCAAGACGCUGUUGCUCAAGAGCAUGCUCAUCACAUGAACAUCACUCUUGCUGAAGCAAAAAGGGUGGCAUCCCAAUACCAGAGGGAGGCAGAAAAAUGCAAUGCUGCCACAGAAACAUGUGAGGGGGCAAGAGAGCAGUCUGAAGCAUUGCUGACUAAAGAGAGGAAAGUUACUUCCUUAUGGGAGCGACGGGCCCGCCAACUGGGCUAUGAAGGAGAAACCGAAGGGGUGAACUUGUGGACAUCUAGCAAAAAAAAUGAUAUAUCUGGUUUGGGCCCAAGUGACAUACCUAGCCAUCAUCACCGAUUUGACUUUCCACCUCCAAAAAAAAUCACAAACAGUCCAAUAACACAUGCUCCGAAAGAAGACAGCAAUUAG